CUACCAUCACUACUCUAUAUACAUCAACACUUCAAUACCAUUUCUUUACUCUUUCACACAUUAACUUCCCAUCCACCAUCCACCACCACCCUUAUCUCCAAUCUUACUUCCACGACACUACCAUCACCGUUUUCCGGCCAUGGUCAAGUCAAACACCAUCAUUAUGGCCGUUGCCAUGUUGGUGGGACUGAUUUUCGCCGGGCUUCCAUGUUUCAAAGCACAGUCACCAGUCGGAGCUCCGAUGAUGUUGCCUGGUGCACCAAUGGCGAUGGCACCAGGACCUGAUUGCAUGACAGCAUUGUUUAACGUUUCGGAUUGUUUGAGUUUUGUUCAAAUUGGAAGUAAUCUGACUACUCCAGACAAAGCAUGUUGUCCGGAGGUUGCAGGGUUGCUAGAAAGCAACCCUAUAUGCUUGUGUCAACUGGUCGGUGGAAGUACUGCUAAAGAUUAUGGAAUAGAUAUCAAUCGUGCUCUCAUGCUUCCUAGUGCUUGUAAAUUAGAAGUUCCUUCUAUUAACGCAUGUCCUUCAGCUUCUCCAGUAUCAGCUCCCACACCUAGCUCAGCAAGUGAAGCACCUGGAUCAACAGCAGGUGGUCCAGGGCCAGCUGGAGAAGAAGGCUUGAGCCCAACUGCAUCUGGAAACGGUGGCAGCAAUGGAGCUUCUAGCUCUGCAAUUCACGAUCUUUCGACACUAAUUUGUUUAGCGGCUGCUAUCUUCAUAGCAUACUACUUUUAAUUUAAUUCUUUUACUUUACGAUAUGCAACUCAUUGUCCACAUUUUUCCUAUUCUAUUAUAUCAUAUGUAUGUAACAUUAAUUCACACAUUUCGUGCUCGAAUUUACUCAAUAAUAUGUAGUGAGUUUU